GCUUUGACCUCAUCAUACAAGGAUGGUCUCAUUCUGCGAUUGAACAACCUGGCAAGAAGGUGCAUCAACAUGAAGGGAUUCCUUGCCAUGUAUGUAGUGGCGGCGACUGUCCUCAUGGCAUCCGCGGCUACCCCUAAAACCACAGCCCCCGCACGCGACAAGGACGCGGGCAAGUGCGAAACAGACGAAGACUGUACCACGUAUCCUGGAACUGUGUGCGUGCAAUUCUCGUCGGGUGACUUCGUUGCUGGCAAAUGCACACCCAACUACGGCCAGAAGCCCGUGUGCCGGGGCGGUCAAUCUGGGCUGUGCCCGCAGUACCAGGACCCGACACAGGGGUAUUUAAACACCCAGUGCGUCCUGGUCGACCGGUCGCAGCAGCCUGCUACUGGAGAUGCGCUGGUUCCAGUCGACGUAAAGACUCCAGCUCCCACCGAGAUCGGCGGCGAUGAUACCGUGCCUGCUGUGCCUGGUUCUGUUAAGCCCGCAACGACGGGCGGUGCUGCUGACUUGGUGACUCCUACAACGACCAAGAAAUCCGCUCCUACUACCACCGCCGCUGCCCCCCAGCCGCCAAAAGUGCCUGGCUCGCGUCGUCUUCAAGUGGCCACUCCAACCACCACAGGCAAAACCACAGCUGCUGGUGCCGCCACGACUCCCGCCCCCACCACGGCCAAAGUGCCGGCGGCGACUGCCGAACCCACUGCUGCCCCGGUGGACCCUGUUCCCGUGACGGACGCAGACGCGACCGCCGGGCCGACGACCGCGGACGACAUCACGCCCAUCAAACCCCAGGCGUGCCCGUCCAACUCGGCGUUGUCGUUGGACAACCCUGACUGCUGGUUCAACACUGUGUACAAGAACCGUACGAUCCAGGCACAGUAUCGAUGCGUAGACUACUCGAUGUGCUACGAACAGUCAGCGGCGUCUCAGGAACCCCAGAAGGACAAGGAGGAGUACUGCCGCCCCAAGGGAUGUGUGAGCGGCGACCGCCAAAUGUGCAACAACCGCGGGACCUGCCAGAGCAACGACCGCGUCCAGCCCAUGAUGUCCCAGGGGUACUCGUGCCGGUGCUACGCUGGGUUUACGGGCCGCCAGUGCGAAAAGACGACGGGCAACACGUGCGACGUGGACUGCGGCGUUGGCGGCGCCUGCAUCGACCGCAAAUGCUCGUGCUACGACGCAUACCAGGGCAAGGACGCACGCUGUGCCAAGUGCACGAAAGACGCUGCCUGCGAGAACGGCAACAAGUGCAACGUCGAGACGGGCAAGUGCGAUUGCCUCGAAGGAUUCAUCGGGCUCACGUGCGGCGGAAAGCUCAACAACUGCGCCGGCGUCACAUGCAACAAUGGCGGCCAGCCAUUUGACGGCGGCAAGACGUGCACAUGCAAAUGCGCCAAGUGCGUCGGCAACGUCUGUCCUCCUUGCGGCGGCGAGAAUGGACGCGACUGCACUGUUGAAACGGGCGGCUGUCCCGCCGUCCUCAAGGCCGACGACGUGGCUUCGGCCGCCGGCUAUGUCGACGUGUCUGCCGUGCUUGUGGUCUUUGUCGCCGUGGUGGCGAUGGUGGUGUAGAUCGUUUUAAACUUAAAAUUCCCAAUUUAGUCAUAUUAUUUUUCACA